CUGCGUGAAAAAGUUUCCAGUCUAAGACGUUUGCAAGCCGUACUACAUAUUCAAAACCGAAUUCUAAAUUAAAUUCUGUGGUCUCUUUAAAUCAUUUUUGCGUGGUUUACCGUCGCUUUGUUCUGCGGGUAAACAGGGCCGCCGUUUGUUGGAGGGGUUUGUUUCCCUGUGAUGGAGGAACAGCGGAGUCCGAGCUCUGCUUUGGAUGGAGGAGAACAGUCAGUGAAGGAGGAGGAGGUGGAAGAGGAGAACCCGAAAGAUAUGGCAGUCCCAGAUGAAGAAGAGGAAGAUGAGGAGGCUCUUCCUCAUUCAGAAAUUCUGGACAUUUUCGAGGAGGGACUUGCUCAACUUGUGCAGGACCCGUUACUUUGUGAUCUGCCAAUUCAGGUGACUCUGGAGGAGGUGAAUUCUCAGAUUGCUUUGGAGUAUGGCCAGGCGAUGACCGUGAGGGUUUUAAAGGCAGAUGGUGAAAUAAUGCCCAUAGUGGUGGUGCAAAAUGCUACUGUCCUUGAUUUGAAGAAGGCCAUUCGCAGAUUUAUGGAGCUGAAACAGCAACGGGAAGGAGGAGUGGAACACGUUAGCUGGAGAUAUGUUUGGAGAACGUAUCAUUUAGUAUUUCAGGGUGAGAAGCUUGACGAUGACAGGAUGAGGCUUAGAGACUAUGGGAUCAGGAACAGAGAUGAGGUGACGUUCAUGAAGAGACUCAGGAAAAAGUGAAGUGCUGGAGCCAAUAUUUGCCUAAUCCGGAAUAAAAACAAAAACAAACACAUUUUCCUGCAGUGUGCACCAGUACUGGCUGUCUCUUAGAUUUGAGAUAACUUUGACAUGGUAAUCAAAGUUGUUUUAUUUUACUGGUUGUUUGUUCAGGAUAGUUGUGUCAUCGAUAUCUCUCUGCACAGAUAUCUGUUCUGAAACACUGGUUACAAACUGUGCUGCCUCUCAAAGAGGCUACUUGUAAAUAAAAUACCUGGACUGUGUCCCCUUUAACUCCCAAUGUGCAGUGACUUUUGUAUAACUGUCUGAAAAUCAUUAAACAGAUUACAGUAUUUUAA